UCACUGCCACUGUCGAUGCCGCCGUCCGUCCGUCGCAUCGAUGCGGUGAUUAAACAAAUUCACUAAACAUUAUUUUCAGUCUCCAACCGAGCGUCGUUCUAGUCAGGAGGAGGUUCUGGGUUACCUUCCCGCGCGCGCUGUCCGUCUUCAGGUGCACUCGAUGGCUCGGUAGUGGCAGUGAUUGGAGUCGUACCUUGACGACGUCUACCUACUCGAAUUAUCCGGGAGACUGUUGCACAGAAUUUCAGCGGUUUCUGCGGUUUCCAAGCACGGGUCACGUAUCAGUAAAAGAAAUAGUGCAUCAGAGUUGUGGUAUAGGAUAUCGAAUUCGUUUCUUGAAAUUUUUCGAGUGAGCGCGCGAAAUGGCAAAGGUUCUGCGAAGAAGGUGGUAGCGAUGAUGCAAAAUGGAAAGAGUUAAUCGAGACGAAAUCGUAGUAUGAUCCCAUCAAUCAGCCUUCGAAGCAAAAUAAAUGAUCCAACCAGUAGACACGCGUCGCACCCUCGGGUUAUCAGCACCGCAAAAUCUCCGACAUAGCCUCCUUCGGACUAUUCCGAAACGUACAUCACGACUCAAACUACUCACAUCGUGACGCAUUGAAACAUCAGUUUGAGACAAAUAAGCCAGAUCGAUUUGCUGAGUGACAUACAGCGCGGAUUAGUAGACCCAUCAACGAUUCCAAUAAAGUGGGGUGCGCUAACAUGUGUCACCUAACCUCUUCGCACCGCAUCCUAAGGGCAGAUCAGUUAUGAAUUCUUUACAAAAAGUGCUGAGUAAAUGCCUCGUACAGAACUCAAUCAUCCGGUGCAGCACUCCGAACAAAAGAACCAAUCGGCGAGAUUAAUUAGUUGGUAGCCUCGGGCUGUCGAACACGCGUACUUCCUCCAGCGCAGGGUGAAGAAAGGGAAGCCCUUUUUCGAAAUCGAAUGCUACUGGUGUCCCCCAAUCUGCGCGCGAAAACGGAGGUUACACUGAUUGACAGCAGUUUCUGAACUCUGUGCUAUGCGGUGAACCGAACAAAGCGUCUCCUUCAGACAACCAGUCUCGCUAGCCUUUGUUGAAUGGACUUCAGCCGCGGCGUUCAUCAUACGACAGCAGCGAUGGAACGUUCUUCCACCUCAACGAUGACGACGGCAAUAACCAAAGUAUGCGACGACAAGCUGCUGAUUAGAUAGCAUCGGCUUACUAUGAUCUGAAAUGGCUAUUAUUGGCUUACGAAUGGUGACCGCGUAGAACAAGAGUGAUUUGUUCUACUGUUUCGACUCCACAGAAAAGUUCAUGACCGGAAUCGCGAAAAUGGAAACAAAAGGGAAAACCUCUAAAAUAGUUCCCACGUCUAAUUCUGGAAAUAAUUUACUGGCCAGUGUUUUUGGUGCACAUGGUAAAGGAGGGUUUGCGAAGAAAGGUGAAGCGUGGUGCGAAAAUGAACUAGGUGUUGAAGGUAAGCCCGGCAAAGCCCAAGGAGAAGAUCCAUCCGAACCAUUCAUCGCGAAAGAUAGUGAAAGUGAGUCCAGUGUAGAAAGUGAUCAACUCUACAAGAAGCCAAACGUCCGAAUUUAUUCGAUAGAUUUAGAGCGUAAGGUACCAAAAGAAAAGCGUAAUGAACCGCACAGGACAAGUGUUCUUAGUGGUAGCACAGCAAGCAAUACAAGUAGUGAAAGUGCCAGUGAUAUUAAACAAAAUUCUUGUUUCGAUGCUAAGCUAGUCGAUAAGUUUGCUGGCACCAACAGGAAGCGUCGGAAACGGAAGGAUCCGAAAAGUACCUUGAUAAAAUUGUGCCAAUGCUGUCCCUGGACUGUGCCAUGGAGUCUUCUGGUGAUAAGUGCAAUACAGAUAUGUUCGUAUGUCUUCAACAGUGAUAGAUUUUACCAACUUCUCAUAUUUUCCCCGGUGCUGCAGCAUGAGAUAUGGCGUUUCGUGACUUAUACCUUCCUCCACGCCAAUGCCGUCCACUUGAUGCUCAACGUUAUCAUACAGAUAAUAGUGGCUUUCCCCCUCGAGACCGAACAGGGACAUGGGUCCGUGUUGAUGGUGUACUUUGCCGGCGUGAUUGCCGGUGGAAUGGGAGCGUCCGUAUUUGAACCGACUCAAAUGGUGGGUGCGUCGGCGGGAGUUUACUGCCUGUUGAUAAGUCAUGUGCCGCACAUUGUUAUGAACUUCCAAUCCCUGUCGCAUCGUUACUUUCGCAUAAUGGCUGUGCUGGUGCUCUGCAUUAGCGACGUUAUCUAUUCCAUCCGGCACUGCAUGACCAAAGGCAACCUUCAGCCCCGGAUAGGCGUCCCGGCGCAUGUUAGUGGUGCCAUCUGCGGCCUAAUGAUAGGUUUCAUCGUUUACCAGGGCGAGAAGGUGAUGCCUUUCCGGAUCGCUCGUUACGCGGCAGCACUGCUCCUCUCCGGGUGGGUCGUCGCCACGGUUAUGUACAACGUGGAAGUACGAUCGUAGUUGUGUGUUCAUUGGAUGUUUUAUACUCACAGUUGUGUAAGUAGUUAAUUUAUUGUAGAUAACGACCAAUAUCGAUUCGAACGGUGGUGAUCAAAAGCCAAAAAUACUUAAAUCGGAAAUAUAUAGAAUAUACCGCAAUUAAAACCGUACCUAAGAUGCAAUUAUGAUGAAAAGGAUAGUCAUUUAUACAAGAUUAAAAAUAUUUGAAAGCUUUA